AUGAGUGUGAAAGGGUUUACCAAGAGUAUAACCCGCGCACCACAACAGUUUAAGCAGCGCUUUAAUAUUGGCGACAACACUAAAGAUGCCGUCUACAUCGACGCUGAACGGCGCUUCGCGGAGCUCGAGAAGGAAACCAAGAAACUGCACGAUGAGUCCAAGAAGUAUUUUGAGGCCAUUAACGGCAUGUUGAAUCACCAAAUCGAAUUUUCUCAAGCUAUUCAAGAGAUCUACAAGCCAAUAUCUGGUCGCAUGUCAGACCCCAAUUCCCUGAUACCGGAAGGCAAUCCAGAAGGGAUACGGGCAUGUGAAGAAUAUGAAGCUAUUGUGCGAGAACUGCAAGCUACGCUCAAACCAGAGCUGGAGAUGAUCGAGCAACGGGUUAUUGCCCCGGCCGACCAGUUACUGGAAGUGAUCAAGGUCAUCCGGAAAGUCGCGGUAAAGCGUCAGCACAAGCAACUGGACUACGACCGUCAUCGAGCAACUCUGAAAAAGCUGCAAGACAAGAAGGAUAAAACGCUCAAGGACGAAAAGGCUCUUUUCAAGGCGGAAAAUGACGUUGAACAAGCUACUCAAGAUUACGAAUACUUCAACAACCUUCUCAAGGACGAAUUACCCAAACUUUUCGCCCUCGAAGCCGAGUUUAUCCGCCCCCUCUUUCAGUCUUUCUACUAUAUGCAACUGAAUGUCUUCUACACUCUGCAUGAGAAAAUGCAGGCGAUCAACAUUGGCUACUUCAACCUGAACCUGGACAUCGAAGAAGCUUUCGAGAUGAAGCGAGGAGAUGUGCAAGAACAAGCCGAGGCCCUCUCAAUAGUCCACUUCAAAGCCACCGGUGGGCUCAAGACUCAGCGCGGCGUUUCCAGAUACAGUUCCUCAGCAAAGGCCAAGGAGGCCGAAGCUGGCAAGUCGUCAUAUUCUUCGUACCGAAAGACAGCAAACCCGGAGGAUGGGGUAGCAAAUCCACCUCCGCCAUAUUCCCCCGCUGGAUCAGCGGGCAGCAUGCCCAGUAGCCCAGCACUAGGAGCGGCGGCGGCGGCCAAGGGCAAACCACCUCCACCAAAGCCCAAGCCAAGUCGAUUGAGUGGUGUCCCGGCGGCAGAAACAGUGACCGCCUUAUAUGACUAUGAAGCACAAGCCGAAGGAGAUCUGAGUUUCAUGACCGGGGACGUCAUUGAGAUCAUCUCGAGAACUCAAAAUGAAAAUGAAUGGUGGACUGGUCGUGUGAAUGGGAAACAAGGCCAGUUUCCCGGUAAGUGGCUUCGUCUUUUGGACAAUUUUCUGACCUGGAGACUGACUAUGAAUUCAAAGGAAACUACGUGCAGCUGA